CGAAAUCGAAGUCGCAUCGCACUUGUUUGUAUAUUAAAUAAUCAUCAAUUACCUGCACAAUGUGGUUUGGAGUUAUUACGACUUUCUUAUUUGUUUUCACUCUUAAUUGCUUCAUUAAUUAUUUAAACGCGAUAACGGUGGAUCUGUCCAAUCGUGGCUUGAAGAAAGAAGUGUUUUUCAUGAACAUUCAAUCAACGAUCAGAUUGCAAGAUGUCACCGAUCUUAUUCUUCGAAAUAAUGAAUUUGACAGUUUUCUUGAUUGUUCCACUAAUCUUGAGAACUUAAGAACACUAGAUUUGUCUCAAAAUCAUCUUCAACGAUUCUUUUUUCUUUGUAAAGAUGAAUAUAAUUUGCAAGUGUUAAACGUCAGUCAUAACAGGCUCGAAUACAUCGACGACAACGCCUUGAACGACCGAAUUCCGAAGCUCAAAAUACUCGAUCUCUCAUGGAACAAAUUGUCAGUCGUUAACGAAACUAUGUUGGCACAUUUCAAAGUUUUAGAAUAUCUUUCGUUAGCGAACAAUCCAAUCAAUGAUGGGAUUCAUGAAAACGCUUUCUGGAAUUUAACAGCGUUACGAUAUUUGAAUUUAAGAAAUGUCUCGUCAUUUCAUUUUACAUGGGAUUUUUUCAAAACACUAAAUAACUUAUCCAGUUUAGAUUUAUCGCAAAAUCCUAUCUGUGUAAUCCCAUUAUUACCAGUCAAUUUGGAAGAACUCGAUUUAUCCAACACUCAAAUAUCACGAUUGCAAGGUGUUUAUUUACCGAGAUUACGAGAAUUAAAAUUGAAUAACAUGAAACAACUAAAAGAAUUAAUUCUUAAUGAUUUUGAAAACUUAACGAGUUUAGAAAUACUAUCUUUAGAUGGGUCGAAAAAAUUAAUGUUUUUAAAAAUGUUCCCAUAUAACGACCAUCUUUUACCGCGACUGCAACGCCUCUCGGUGGCUGAUUGUAGUUUGAAAACGUUGGAAUAUAACCUCAUGCCGAUAAUAAAGAGAACACCAAUUUUGAAUUUGGAGAAUAAUUUUUGGAACUGCGAUUGUAAAAUGCAGUGGCUUAAUAUGUUGAACACGACAAGUCGUGACAUUAAGUGCAUUACUCCUAUUCAACACGCCAACAAACAACUAAGCACGAUACCAAGUUACGAACUCGAAUGUGAGAACGAGUCAUCGAUAUUUCAUCCAGUAUUGUGGGCUUGUAUUUUUAUAUUGAUCGUUGCAAUUAUCUUAGCGAUCGGCUUCUUCGUGUUGAGACGACCGCUCGGGCACUGGGGCAUUAGGAAGAAUCGGGACACUGUCACCUAUACGAAUGUCGACGAAUCCUCAAACGAUUUGGUGAGAAUUCUGGCGGUCGGUGAGACGGUCGAACGAAAUGAGGAGUGAACAAAUAUAAGAGAGGCGAAAUAUUAGAAAUGUAUUACGUUAGAAAGAAGCGAUACAGUUUCACGAUGGAGAAACAAAUUGAUAUUUAAGAAUUAGAUUUAAUUUUAUAAUUAUCAAUCGAAAUAUUCCAUCGAAUUAUAAUUUCGUAAAAAUUAACGUACAGUGUGUUUCGAAAUUAGAAGCCAUAGCUCUUGUUUCGAGUCAAAUGAAUAUUGCAAUUGAAUUAUUGCAAAGUAUCAAACGUAUAAAUUAUUCUUUCAAGGAACGAUACAUUUUUUUGAAAAAAAUUAAAAUAAUACAUUCAUAAUCCACCAUAGAAGAAUUUCUUUCAGAAGUUAAUCUAAUCCACGAGAAGAUAUUAAUUGGGAGGCGUCAAAGUAUGAAAUCGCACGUGUCACUGACAUUUUGAACUUUCCAGAUAUCGAUAUCUCGCAAGAAAGUUCGCGAACCUUUAUCAAUUAACGCUCUCCCUCCAAUAAACUUCGAUCGAUCGUUAAAACAAAUUUGCAUAUGUUUGAAAUAAAUUUUGAAAUAUCCUGUACGGUUAAUUUUCAAUACCUUAUUUUUUUUAUACCGCGGUAUAACAAGCAAAAUGACGAGAAUUAACGAUGUCUUCAUAUAUAAAUAGAUUUAACGAGUAACAUUGUACAGCGGGUGAGCAUCAAUAGGCUUUGUGUCGAAUCGCCACGCGUCGAAAACGCGGAAAAACGAGGCGUAAAUAGAGGAGGCAACGUUACAACCCGAUUCUAGUGCAUCCCUUCGAACCUCGAAACAGCGUAGCAACCCUCUCGAGUGCUCGGGCAUCGCCUGGAGUGCGCGAACCAACACAAUGUGGGGGCCUGCCUCUUUUCUUUGAAUCGAAUAAAACGUCUUUUUGUCGGCA